AUGGACGCCGCACCAGGCAUCCAGGAACCAUUCGAUCUCAUCCGCCUCUCCCUCAGCGAGCGCGUCUUCGUCAAGCUCAGAGGGGACAGAGAACUCACGGGUGUUCUUCAUGCUUACGAUGGCCAUAUGAACCUCAUCUUAUCAGACGUCGAGGAGACGAUCUUGAUUGUCGAUGCACCUGAAGGCGGUAAGGCAAAUGGAACUGUAAACGUCGCUAAGCGAAAGAUGGACAUGUUGUUCGUGCGUGGCGACGGUGUUAUCCUUGUUGCUCCUCCUUCCCGAACAUAG